CGGCUGCUUGAUCGAUACGCUGAGCUCAUGGUCAUUUCCACUGUUCGAGAUCGGAGACUUGUGCUUGUGGAACACGAGCUGCUGGCAAGAGGCCGAGAACAUGAGGAGUGGAGGGGUAAUCAUUUCCAGAGAAAGCUGGAAAAAAUCCAGACUGAUCAAUUGUUCCAGAGCAGCUUUGCCCAGAGUGAAUCCAAAUCUGGGAGUUCGGCAGCAGUGGCCGGAGUUCCGGGGAUCGGGAAAACAACCAUGGUGCAAAAGAUUGUUUAUGACUGGGCCACGGGGAAAAUAUACCAACACUUCCAGUUUGUCUUCAGCUUCAAAUUCCGGGAUUUAAACUCCAUUAACUGUAGAAUAAACCUGAGGGAACUGAUUCUGGAUCAGUAUCCUUACUUUUGGAAUGUUCUGGGAGAGGUCUGGAAGAACCCAGAGGGAUUGCUGUUUAUAUUCGAUGGUUUGGAUGAAUUCAAGCACCGACUCAAUUUUGCUGACAGUCGGAGAGACACAGAACCUCAGCACAUGUGUCCAGACCCCGAGUGGUGGUGUGAAGUGUCUGACAUUGUGUACAGUUUAAUCCAGCACAAGCUGCUCCCAGGGUGUUCAGUGCUGGUGACCACCCGUCCCACUGCGUUACAUUUAUUGGAAAAGGCGGAGAUCAGUGUCUGGGCUGAAAUCCUGGGAUUUGUUGGUGAGGAACGGAAGGAAUAUUUCAACAGGUUUUUUGAAGAUCAGACGGUGGCAGCAGCUGUUUUCAAACACGUGGAGGAGAACGAGAUCCUGUACACCAUGAGCUACAACCCCUCCUACUGCUGGAUCCUGGGUCUGGCACUGGGCCCCUUCUUCACACAAAGACACAGGGACCCGCAGCGAGUUCCCAAGACAAUCACCCAACUAUAUUCCUGCUAUAUUUACAACAUCCUGAGAAACCACGGCCAUGAGAUUGAAAGCCCCCGUGAUGUGUUACUGAGGGUUGGUCAGAUGGCCUUCACAGGAGUGUCCGACAAGAAGAUUGUGUUUACAGAUGGAGAUUUGAUCAAGUACAAUCUGCAGCCUUCCCAGUUCCUGUCCGGGUUCCUGAUGGAACUUUUGGAGAGAGAGGAUUGUUCCCGGAGCGCGGUGUACACAUUCCCACACCUCACCAUCCAAGAGUUUGUAGCCGCACUCGCACAAUUCCUGGCUCCGCAUCCCGGGGAUAUCCUGAAACUCCUCACUGAAGCCCACAGCACGACAGACGGUCGAUUUGAGGUAUUUCUCCAUUUUGUUGCUGGUCUCUCCUCCCCAGGGUCAGCUCGGGGGCUGGAGGAGUUUCUGGGUCCAUUUCCCCAUCAAACAACCUGCCGAGUGAUUGACUGGGUGAAGGAGGAGGUGAAACGUCAGAUUGGGAACAGGUGGAAGGAAGGAGGUAAAAGGAGCCUCCUGAACACACUGCACUACCUGUUUGAGUCUCAGAACCCUGGGCUGACUCAGGCCGCACUGGGAUCUGUGGAUACUCUUUCAUUCUGUGGAUUGCGACUGACCCCGAUUGACUGCGCCGUCCUGUCUCAUGUCAUUGGGCUCUGUGAUACAAUAAACCACCUCGAUCUGGAUUGCUGCUACGUUCAGUGUGAAGGGCUCCAGCGGCUGGGACCCGCGCUGCACAAAUGCCGGGAGUUGAGACUGGAUAAUAAUAAACUCGGAGAUCCGGGAGUGAAAUUGGUGUCUGCGGCUCUGAGGGACCCGGAGUGUAAAAUACAGAGACUGGGGCUGGGUGCGAACAGUCUCACACAUUCCUGCACCGAGGAUCUCGCUUCCGCUCUUAGUACAAACCGCUCGCUAACGAAUCUGGACCUGGGUGGGAAUAAACUGGGAGAUUCCGGACUGAAACUGCUCUCUGCAGCUCUGAGAUACCCAGACUGUAAAAUCCAGAAACUGGGGCUGGGUGCCAACUGUCUCACAGAUUCUUGCACCGAGCAUCUCGUCUCCGUUCUCAGUGCAAUCCCCUCGCUGACAGACCUGUGCCUGAGAUCAAACGCCCUCACGGACCAAUCUAUUCCCGCACUCCGCCACCUCAUCCUGACCUGCCGGAGCCUGGAACGGAUCUGGCUGGAAAGGAAUCCAUUCAGUUACACCGGAGCCAUGGAAUUGGAGUCCCUCCAGCGAUCCAGACCCAGACUGAGUGUGGAAGUGUGACCGUCCCCGGAUACAAACAUCGUCACUCUUGGGAUGGCAAAAAUUUUCGGCCGAUUUCCUGCCCCCCCCCCCCCCCCGUUAAACAGCCAUGCUCUGUUUUUUAAAAAUCCGGGGCACCCAGCGGAUCCUGGUCAUGCUGAGACCAUGCCCCUUCCAUUUGGGACACCGAUAGUCACGUUCAGUGUUCUUGGGAGGGUGGGGUUACCCAGGGACAAUGCUGCUGUGUCCACAUUGCUGUGCGGACGGUGAGUUUGGAAAGUUGACUUGGCCAUUAAGCAGCCUGAUGAUACGAUUUGUUACUGUUACAGAUUAGGUUAAAUUUUUUUUAAAAUUUUAUUUACAGCAUGGUAACAGGCCCUUCCGGCCCAAUGAGUCUGCACUGCCCAUUUUAAACCCAAUUAACCUACCCGUACGUCUUUGCAGAGUGGGAGGAAACCGGAGCACCCGGAGGAAACCCACGUAGACGCGGGAGAAUGUACAAACUCCUUACAGGCUAUUGGUGAAUGUCCCUUUAAGACAUAGCACAGUAGUGUGUUUGUGUGUGUGUGUGGGGCGUGAUGACGACGACAGGAGAUAAGGACCUGGUGACGUUUUUGGAGCAGACAGUCAGAGUCAGUUAGAGAAGAAGAGAGAGAGAGAGAGAGAGAGAGGCACCAGCCUGCUGGUCUCUGUAUCAAUGGAUGAAAAACAAUAACUGUCUGUCACUACAAUCCACGUAUGGAUUUUCGGAAUAAUCCGGUGGAGUCCCACUUCGUCGUCAACCCGUAAAAGGAAACAGUUAUUUGUGCAGACGGCCACGUCUUGAAUGCCUUUCGGGGUGGCAGAAACUUCGGAAUGAAGGAAUGGAGAUCGUCAGUGAUUGAGGUGUCGAAUGGGUUCCACCGUUGAACAUUUGGAUUUCGUAAUUACUCUCUAUUCUCUCUCUACGUUUCCUCUUCAGUUAACGGUGGUUUUGCAGGAGCCUUUGCUCACGUUUCACCUGACAGCUUGCUGAAGUGAACUUUGAGAAGUAUUCCUGGACUUGGAGUUUGGGAAUUUGCCACACACACACACACACACACACACACACACACACUUCGAGUUUAAUUUUUGGGGUUAAUGUUUAAGAUCUAACAUUUUUACUUCUAACAUUCUGACAUUUUUACUUUUAUUUUCCUUAUUAUCAUAAGUUAUUAAUAAAAUAGUUUUUAACACUUAAACAUGACGGUGUGUUUCUUUUAUUGCUGGUACGUGACAGUUACAUACACCUGAAGUGUAGAUUUAUCAUCGUGCAGAGUGACAGGGAGAAACGCGAUUGAUUAUUCCAACUGCUGCCCAUUGCCACAUGUCCGUUAAUGAUGUGCGAUUGACAUUGAAAUGUGAACUUCUGUACGAGUUAUUUUGCCCACAAAUGGGAGGCAGGGUGGGGUCGUUCGGGGGACAUCCUAGUGUGUCUUCUCCCAGGCCCGGCCAAGCUGUGGCCAUCCACAGGUCCAGGCAGCGGGCAGCCGAGGGUUCCGGCCGGUCCGCCCAUCUUCCGGCCUACGUCCGCACACAGGCGUCCUCGGAGAGGGAGCGCGCGGUCUCCGCGGGCAGCCCCAGUUGAGUUCGGCGAUCGGCGGGCCCCGUCAGGGGGAUCGCGUGUGCCGUGGGCGGUGAAAGAGCGAUCCUUCUCUGAAAUGUUGCGCGUGCAUUUUGUGGUUGUUAGUGUUAUUGCUGUAGUUGUGGCGUGGUAGUGCAGCGUUUAGCGUAACCCUAUUACAGCGCCAGCGACCCAGGUUCAAUUCCCGCCGCUGUCUGCAAGGAGUUUGUAUUGUUCUCCCCGUGUGGCUGCGUGGGUUUCCUCCGGGUGCUCCGGUUUCCUCCCACAUUCCCAAAGGCAUAAGGGUUAGGAAGUUGUGGGCAUGCUAUGUUGGCACCAGUAGCGUGGCGACUCUUGCAGGCUGCCCCCCAGCACAUUCUCAGUAACACGAAAAGAUGUAUUUCUGUGUGUUUCGAUGUACAUGUGACUAAUAAGUAAAUAUCUGUAGUUUGCAUCAUUUUUCUUCAACUUUCUGUGUUUGUUGUAGUAUUUUAACUGGAUGUCCUUUCACUGUGUGUUUCGAUGUACAGGUGACU